UAUCUAAAGGAAGCAAUGUGACAAUUGAAAUGCUUCAUCGUAAAAGGAUUCUUAUAGUUCUUGAUAAUGUUGAAAAAUUGGAUGAGAUAGAAUUUUUUCUUAAAAAUUAUGAUCGGUUCACUUCUGGAAGUAGAAUUAUUAUAACCACAAGAGACAAACACUUGCUUGAUACUCUUACAAAAAAUAUUCAUGUAAUGUACUACGAGGUUAAGGAGUUAAAUAAACAUGAAGCUCAUAAACUCUUUUGUCAAGAGGCCUUUGGAAGAAACAAUUUCGAGGAAGAUUAUUUAGAAUUGGUCUACCAAUUUAUAGAUUAUGCCAAAGGUCUUCCAUUAGUUCUAAAAAUAAUUGGUGCAGAUUUAUUUGGAAGAACUAAACAUGAAUGGAAAAGUGCGUUAGACAAAUACAAAAGAAUUCCCAAAGGAGACAUUAAAAAAAUACUCAAAAUAAGCUAUGAUGGAUUGGACCAAACUCAACAGGAAAUUUUUCUUGAUAUUGCUUAUUUUCUUAAAGGAUUCUGCAAAGAUAAAGUUGUAGAUAUACUAAGAAGCAUCAAUAACCAUGAUCCAUAUUAUGAUAUUGAAAGACUUAUUGAUAAGUGUCUUAUAAUUGUUACUGAAGAUAACAAAUUAUCGAUGCAUGACUUGAUUCAACAAAUGGGUUGGGAAAUUGUUCGACAAGAAUCACCAGAAGUGAUCGAGAAGCGUAGUAGGCUAUUGUGUUAUGAGGAUGCUCCUGAAAUACUAAUUGAAAAUACGGGGUCAAAUGAAAUUCGAGGCAUAACACUAUGCUUGCCUAAACCAAAAAAGGUGAAGUUGAAUCUUGGAAAGAUGAAGAAUCUCAAAUAUUUGAUAGUUUACAAUGUAAUUUGUGAAGACCUUAAAUCUCUUCCCAAUGGGUUGAGGUUACUUGAAUGGAAUGAAUUUCCUUUAUCUUCCUUACCAUCUGCCUUUGAACCUAAAAACCUCGUUGUACUCAAGAUGCGACAAAGCCACAUAAAAUUGGACGAGCAUUUCGAGGUAUGAUCAUUAGCAUUUAUAAAUUCUUAUUAGGCUUCUGUUAAUGAGUGCCCUUAGAGAAUAAGUUAAGGUGCUUUUUUUUUU